AUGGCGGUGGAAUCGCUACGAUUUGAAGGUAUAAGAGGAUCAAAUUCUUAUGGAGAUAUUGCUAUAGAUGAUGUCUCAAUUACAUCAUCAACUUGUGCAGUGAAACCAUCAGCAGCCAAUCCAGCUUUUACAUCACCAACACCACCUGCAGGACUAUCAACAACUCCUGCUCCAUUUGUGAAACAGUCUGAUUUUGAUUGUGAUUUUGAGAAAGAUACAUGUACAUGGACUCAGGCAAAAGAUGAUAUAUUUGAUUGGAAUCGAGCUCAAGGGCCAACCGGAACUUCAUUCACAGGACCCACCAAUGAUCAUACUACACAAAGCAGGAAAGGAUGGUAUAUGUAUAUUGAAACGUCAGCCCCUCGUGUUGUUAAUGAUACAGCUAGACUGGUAUCAAAAACUGCUCUAGCUAAUCAACAAUACUGUCUACAGUUCUGGUAUCAUAUGUACGGAUCUCACGUUAAUCAGUUGGGUGUUUACAUUAAGGUUGGAGCUACCCUAGGAACACCAGUAUGGAAGAAAGGAACAUCCCUGGGUAAUAAAUGGAACUUUGCUGAAUAUCAAAUCCCCACACAGAAGAGUCAGUUUAACAUAGUAUUUGAAGGUGUUCGAGGACCAGGGUAUAAAGGUGAUAUUGGAUUAGAUGAUGUUAAAGUUUUAAGCGGAUUAUGUCCAUCAACAGUACAAAUUGCAUGUGAUUUUGAAGACAGUAAACUUUGUGGUUGGACACAAGAUAAAACCGAUAGUUUUGAUUGGUCACGUAAUCGUGGAAGUACUGGUUCUAAUUUUACAGGACCAGCAGCCGAUCAUACACUGGGAACAUCAAAAGGUUUUUAUAUGUACAUUGAGACAAGUAGUCGUGGAACGGGACAGAUGGCUAGAUUAAUCAGUCCGUCUGUUGGAUCAGCAGAUGCUAAGUGUAUGAAAUUCUACUAUAAUAUGUAUGGAAGUAAUAUUGGAACAUUAAACGUUCUGAUGAAGACAGGAGUAAACAACAACCAGACUUUGUGGUCAAAAUCUAAAAACCAAGGACAAAAUUGGGUUGUGGGAUUAGCAUCUUUAUUACCAAAUACAGUUCCAUAUCAGGUUGUCUUUGAAGCAGUGACUGAUUAUGGUUAUAGAGGAGAUAUAGCUAUAGAUGAUGUCAGUGUGUUUGAUGGUCCAUGUGAAGCCCAAGUAUUGAGUACAUUGGAAAACUUUGAUUUUAAAUGUUACUGUCUGUCAUUCUACUAUCAUAUGUACGGUCAGUCGAUGGGAACACUAAAAAUCCGUAUUGAAGGAACUGUUGGUAGUAAUUAUCAAGGAGAUAUAGCUAUAGAUGAUAUUGUUUUUACUAGCGCUAUUAUUUUUGAAGGUGUUGCUGGAACAAGUUUUCAAGGAGAUAUAGCUUUAGAUGAUGUUCGCUUAUCAGAUGGCGCUUGUACAGGCUCAUCUGAUUAUAAUACUAAGUGUAAAUUUGAAGAUCAUAAUAUUUGUGGAUAUACUCAAGAUCAGUCUGAUGACUUUGAUUGGACAUGGCAGGCAGGACAGACAUCAAGUUCACUUACAGGACCGUCAAGUGAUCAUAGUUACGGCACAAGAUUUGGUCAUUAUAUGUAUUUAGAAUCAUCCGGUCAACAUGCAAAUGCAACGGCCAGGUUGGACAGUCCAGAAUAUCAGAAUUCCGAUGGUAAACUUUCUAUAACACCAAAACUUCAAUAA